GGGAGGGUCAAGACGGGGAGAGACGCGGAGGGGAGACUGGCAGUGCGCGACCACCGGAGGGUUCAGGCCCGGGGCUGCAUGGCGAAACGGGGAGAAGAAGGAUUUGAUGGUCUGAAGGGGGAUCAGUUUCAUCGCCACACAAGUCCCUCAACAUUUUAAUGUCUUUUAUUUCAUUUGUGUGGAUUUUAAAUGCAUCAAUCAAGCCUUUAGUGUGUUUUUAUUUGAUCAUGCCUCUCGAUCUGGACUGUGACGCUGUGGCGAAAGAAACGAGUCCAGAGGCGGAACAGGAAGUGCGUGAGGUCACACAGGAAGAGAGUGUGAUGGACACACCGAAACGAAGAGUCGGUCGACCCGCUCGGAAACGCAAAGCACCAAUGGUGGAUAGUUGUGGGCAUGUGAUUGAGGAUGUGGCCUGUAUGAAGCAGGCGGGGUGUAAUGGCGAAAUGGAGAGGCGGGUUUCACAGAAAAAUCUUGAGCAGAAUGACUCCUCACCUGACUCCGCCCACCACAAUGGCUCUGACAUGCCCCCUGGACCAGAUGAAGACUCCGCCCCUUCCACUCCACUGAAGAAACGAGGGCGACGGAAACUUGAGCACCCAGAGCAACAUGUGGACGACGACGACACCGGUAGUGACACCAGCAGAGGAGAGAGUGACGGGGUCCGUCUGAGGGCCCGACAGGGCUUGGACAUCAGUCUGAGGAGGCGACCCGUACAGAGAGAGACCUUCCAGGCUGGAGACCCUUAUCACAUCAGCCGCAAAGAAAGAGACGAGUGGCUCGCCCGCUGGAGGAAAGAGAAGGAGGACAAAACCCACCUGGGGACUGUCAUGAAUGACACAAUGGACGACCAAUCAACAGUGGGCUUUCAGAAAGAGGAGGAGGAGUCAGCCAUCAACCUCCUAUCCACGGCCACACCCCAACAGCAGCACACUGACCCUGCCUCCCCAACGGUUGCUACGACACCCGAGCCGCCUCCUGUCACCUGCGUUAACAAAGUGAUUGCGCGAGCUUCAGAGAUGGACAUGGAAUAUGAGGAUGGCCGUGGGUUCGGCAUCGGAGAGCUCAUCUGGGGGAAGUUACGGGGGUUCUCCUGGUGGCCCGGGCGGAUUGUGUCGUGGUGGAUGACGGGUCGCAGUCGAGCGGCUGAAGGGACGCGCUGGGUCAUGUGGUUUGGAGAUGGCAAAUUUUCAGUGGUGUGUGUGGAGAAGCUGUCUCCCUUGAGUUCAUUUUGCACUUCUUUCCAUCAGCCCACCUACAACAAACAGCCCAUGUACAGAAAAGCCAUCUAUGAAGUUUUACAGACGGCGAGCACACGUUCUGGUAAACCAUUCCCCAUGUGUGUGUCCACGGAUGAUUCUGAAUCUGGGAAGAGUGUGGAACUGCAGACGAGGCAGAUGAUUGAAUGGGCCAGUGCUGGAUUCCCCCCGUCUGGAGCCAAAGGCCUCGAGCCGCCACCAGCUGAGCGGAACCCAUAUACUGAGGUGUAUCCAGAGAUGUGGGUGGAGCCUGAGGCUGCCGCGUACACAGCUCCACCCCCAGCCAAGAAACCCAGGAAGAACAGUAUUGAGAAACCCAAAAUCAAAGAGAUUAUAGACGAGGGAACCAGAGAGAGACUUGUGUACGAGAUCAGACAGAAAUGUCGCAAUAUUGAAGAUGUCUGUAUUUCCUGUGGAAGUCUGAACGUAUCACUUGAACACCCUCUUUUUGAUGGAGCCAUGUGCCAGAGCUGCAAGAACUGUUUCCUGGAGUGUGCGUAUCAGUACGAUGAUGACGGUUAUCAGUCGUACUGCACCAUCUGCUGUGGAGGAAGAGAGGUGCUCAUGUGUGGAAACAACAACUGCUGCAGGUGUUUCUGUGUGGAGUGUGUGGAUCUGCUGGUGGGCUCUGGUUCAGCACAGGCAGCGAUUCGUGAAGACCCCUGGAACUGUUACAUGUGCUGCAGCAAAAACGUGUUCGGCCUACUGAGACGUAGAGAUGACUGGACCUCACGCCUGCAGCUGUUCUUCGCCAACAACCAUGACCAGGACUUUGAGCCUCCAAAGUUGUAUCCUCCAGUAGCAGCAGAGAAGAGACAGUCAAUCAGAGUGCUCUCUUUAUUUGAUGGCAUCGCUACAGGGCUGCUGGUGUUGAAGGAUCUGGGCAUACAGGUGGAGCGGUAUGUUGCAUCCGAGGUGUGUGAAGACUCCAUCACUGUUGGGAUGGUGAGACACCAGGGACGAAUUACGUAUGUGGGAGACGUCAGGAACGUCACGCGCAAACAUAUUCAGGAGUGGGGACCAUUUGAUCUUGUGAUUGGUGGAAGCCCUUGUAAUGAUCUGUCUAUCGUCAACCCGGCCAGGAAAGGCCUUUAUGAGGGCACAGGUCGUCUGUUUUUUGAGUUUUACCGGCUGCUUCAUGAAGCUCGGCCCAAAGACGGAGAUGACAGACCGUUCUUCUGGCUGUUUGAAAAUGUUGUUGCCAUGGGAGUCAGUGACAAAAGAGACAUUUCACGCUUUCUAGAGUGUAAUCCAGUUAUGAUUGAUGCUAAGGAAGUGUCUGCUGCACACAGAGCUCGAUACUUCUGGGGCAACUUACCUGGAAUGAACAGGCCGCUGACUGCCAUGGCAAAUGACAAGCUUGACCUACAAGACUGUCUGGAACAUGGACGCACAGCCAAGUUUGGCAAAGUGCGAACGAUUACGACUCGUUCAAACUCCAUAAAACAGGGCAAAGAUCAGCACUACCCCGUCUACAUGAACAAUAAAGAGGAUAUCCUGUGGUGCACAGAGAUGGAGAGCUAGGGAAGGAAGAGGGAUGCGCCGUAGUAGAGUCCUCGCCACUACCAUCCACUCCAAAGGAGUAGCCGCGGCCAUCCGCCGGGGGACAGCGGGAGAACCGUUGCCAGGAGCUGAGGAGACCCCUACCAUCCACUAAAACGCAGCAGAGCGUUCCGUCCACCAGGGGCCGGAGGACUGCCUCCAAUCCACCCGGAGAGGAGGGGUUGUCAUCCACUAGAGGGUGGAGGGGUGACCGAGGACCAAGCUACGUUGUAUCAGAGAACCGGCGAGUAAUUUUUUUUUCUCUCUCUCUCUCUCUCUCCUCUCUCUUUCCCGCUGUCGCUCUGUGUUGGCCUUUCCCUCUCUUUUUUUGGGUUGUUUUUCCCUCCCCUUGUCUCCCUAUUAGGUCCGAGAAGGCGGGGAAGACCUUCCGGAAAGGAGGGGGGGGGAUGUACGUCAUGCCGGGGGCUCCCUGGCCUGAAGGAAAGGAGGGAGGAGGGCAGGGCCGGCCGUGAUGACGCACGCCCGGCCCCUAAUCAGGCUAAUCAAGAUGAUGAGAGGGAUAAAGGCUGCUGGAGGCGGCAGUUCGGGAGAGAGAGAGCUACAGGCAGCUGCCCUGUAUGUGUUUAUGUUUGUGUGUUUUUGUUUAAGUUUAUUAAAACAUUACUUUGAAACUUACUCGUCCGGUUCUCGCCGCCUCCUUUCCAUUUUACCCUGUUCCACAAGCAUGUUAGCAUUAAGGGUAAUAAAACCAAAAUAGGUUUUGGUUAUAUGUUUAUUUCUAAAACA